GAGUGAGACACCCAUCCCUAAUGCCACUUGAUUUUCAGGCCUGUAGGACAUCAAAAGAUAAAAAGGUGUUAAAAAAUAUCAAUAGCAGCAAAGGCAAACCGCCAAGUAGAGACCUAGUACUGAUAGGCCUUUCGUGUUGAAAGUUUCCAAUCUGAGUUUGAUCUCUACAUCAACGUGAGAUUAAAUAUUGUUUUCAUUUGAGAGAAAAUAUCGAUCGACUUAGAUUGUACUCCCUCUUGACACUGUGAGAUUCAUCUCGCACUCUGUGAAAGGUCUCAAGGUAGGUUAAAUCGUAGACAAUAAAACCAUCUAACUGUAGAUCCUGAAUUUAGGGAGCAAUGACCAUCAGACCAGAAAGCUCCCUUUAUUUGCUUAAAAAAAAAAAAAGCAAAGGCAGACUUAAAAGAUGUCCAUUCAAAGCAAAAUGAUUAAACUGCACCCAAAAAGAAGCUUUUCUCUCCUUUUCCGCCGCUGCCACUAAAACAACAGUACUUCUACCAAGUAAAUUCCAGGAAAGGAAACUUUUUUUUGAGGACCCACCUCUGUAAAUGCCAUUACUUCGCUUUCAAGACCAAUCAACUUCCUCUCCAGAUUGUAGUUAGAGUGACCAACUUUAUCUUCUUCAAGCGUUAAACCACUCUCUCUUACGAAUUAAGUUAACAGAAUUUCAAGUUCUAUGAUGGAAGCAUAGACUAUUGUUACAGACAUGGGAAAUUGUGUUUCAGCUCAGAAAAACACAGAACCAGCCAUGACUCUUAAAAGCUCAGUCAAUUCUGAAGGCAACUGUGUUCGAAUUGAAUCACCCAUUAAGGAAGACAAAGUUAAUGGUGAUCUCUCAAUGAAAGAACUCAAUUCCAAGCUUCAAUCCUCAUCUCAAAUGCCUUACGAAGCGAGUUUUGGAGACUUGAGUAAUAGGGAGGAAAUGUUUUUCGAUUCUCAGCCUUGGUUAGAAUCUGAUAUUGAAGAUUUCAUCAGUGUCAACGGUGAUUUUACCCCAUUGAGUAGUACUUCUCCACUUCACCAGAACAGCUUCAUAAAAAAUCCUGAAUAUGAUGAAUCUCUUUACAUCAGCAGCUCUGUAAAUUCAAUGCCUGAAUCCUCUCCAACUGAUAUGAAGAAGCAACUAAUUGAGUUCUUCCACGAAAGCUUCAACACUGAUGUUGAUAACAAUCAAAACUUACAAGACAUGACAGAAGCCAAGCCUAUGACCUUUUACCUUCCUUCUAAAUGCAGAAAUAGAAGGCCCUAUGAAUCGGUAAACGGCUCUACUUGUAGUGGAACAACAAAUGGGUACUGCAUUCACACAAAAGGUAAACCAGCACAUUCUGCUCAGUGUUGCCUUCCAAAUUUGAUGCGAAGCCUCAGCUUUAGGGGAAGGAAGAAAAGGCUGAGCCCUGCAUAAGGUGGUGAUCGGUGACUGAUCCUUUCUUUUGUAACUAUUUGUUGUACAAAGCUCCAUAUCAGCAUAGCUGCAAGGAGCAGAAAUCUCAGACUUAAUGGUUUUAUUUUUCCUUUGCCUACUAGAAUGAUUCAUGAAGCGAGUUUUAUGCAUAGAUAUGUUCUGGAAGAUCUUAAGGAGCUUCCAGUAUAUGAGAAAAGUUGACAGAGGCUUCCUCUUGUUAACUAAAACUUUGGUUUUUAUAUUGCUGUAGCUGGAAAUUCUUUAAAUGCUUCGCUUGUUAAUU